UGUUGUCGGACCGAAAUCUCAGUCCUCGGCGACCGGAUGAUCGGUGAACCGCGCGAGUUCGCUUCAAGGCGCGCGCCAGAGACCUAACCUGGAUGUCGGCUUCAGGCAGCUCGCCACGCGGCUUCCCACGUUGCUCGCGACGUGGACCUCCCUAUUCUCCGUCCGUGUUUCUUCGCAGAUAACGAUAUCUCUUAGAAAACAAAUCUCGGACUCUCUCUCUCUUUCUCUUUGACGUCACGUGAACGAGGUCUAAUCUCGUGGGGUAUGACGAGAUCAUGUUCGCUACCCUGAGCAGAAUUCGCGCUCUCGUUCUUAACACGCAGCCCGUAACAUGGCUUGCGAAUCGCGAGACAAAGUUGCGUCAGCCGUCUCUGCUUCGUCGGUUUUACACCAACGAGCUCAAAAGACGUCUCAAAGCUGAGCAGAAAGCCAAAGAGAAAGCUGAAAAGGAAGAGGCCAGAGCGGCUGCGGCAGCUGCUCAAAAGGAUCAAAUAAAGAAUAAUGAGAAAGCGGAGAAGAAGGAUAUCAAGGAGGAAGAAAUUAGUGCAAAUGAAUAUUUCAAGCUCCGGUCGAAUAUCAUCAGUUUACUUAAAGAUGCAAACGAUGAGCCUUAUCCACACAAAUUUCACGUAUCGAUCUCUCUUACGGAAUUCAUCGAGAAGUUUAGCGAGCAGCUUAAGAAUGGUGAAUCGUUGAAGAACGAGGUAUAUAAUAUAGCCGGACGUGUCCAUUCGAUUCGGGAGGCUGGCGCCAAACUGAUUUUCUAUGAUCUUCGAGGGGAGGGCGUCAAAGUGCAAGUGUUGGCCAAUGCGAGACUUUAUAAAAGUGAGGACGAGUUUGUGAGGGAUACUGCAAAGAUCAAGAGAGGCGAUGUCAUAGGCGUCGUUGGCAGUCCCGGCAAGAGCAAAACGGGCGAAUUUUCAAUUAUACCGUCUUCCAUUACUCUUUUGAGUCCAUGUUUGCACAUGAUGCCGCAUCUUCACUUUGGUCUCAAGGACAGGGAAACGAGAUUCCGACAACGAUACCUGGACCUUAUAUUAAACGACCAAGUUCGACGAAUCUUUCACAUACGCGCGCGGAUAAUCCAUUACAUGCGUAAAUUUCUGGACGAGAUGGGCUUUUUGGAAGUUGAGACUCCUAUGAUGAACAUGAUUGCCGGAGGUGCAACUGCCAAACCCUUCAUUACGCAUCAUAACGAACUCAACAUGGAUCUGUACAUGAGAAUUGCUCCGGAACUGUAUCUCAAGAUGUUAAUCGUCGGUGGGUUCGACAGAGUGUACGAGAUCGGCAGGCAAUUUAGGAAUGAGGGCAUCGACUUGACCCACAAUCCAGAAUUUACUACUUGCGAGUUUUAUAUGGCGUACGCGGACUAUAACGAUCUAAUGCAAAUGACGGAGGACAUGGUGUCUGGCAUGGUGAAAGCUAUACAUGGAACUUAUCGGAUACAGUACCAUCCUGAUGGACCGGACGGAGCGGCAGUUGAAAUCGACUUUACGCCUCCUUUCAAGCGCAUCUCGAUGAUGCAGGAAUUAGAGAGGAUUCUUGAUAUCAAACUGCCAGCAGCCGAUCAGCUUAACACCCCGGAAGCAAACAAAAUUCUCAGCGAUCUCUGUGAUAGCCGUGAUAUUGAGUGUCCUCCUCCUAGAACAUCAGCGAGAUUAUUAGAUAAGCUCGUUGGAGUAUGUAUUGAAGAUGGGAUCAUUAAUCCUACAUACAUCAUUGAUCAUCCACAAGUGAUGUCUCCUUUGGCGAAAUGGCAUCGGUCCAAAAAAGGUCUCACAGAACGAUUUGAGCUUUUUGUUGUGCAGAAAGAGAUUUGCAACGCGUACACUGAACUGAAUGAUCCAUUCGUUCAAAGAGAAAGAUUCGCGCAACAAGCGAUGGAUAAAGCAGCUGGUGAUGAAGAGGCGCAAAUAGUCGACGAGAAUUUCUGUACCGCUUUGGAAUACGGUUUACCGCCAACGGCAGGUUGGGGAAUGGGUCUCGAUCGAUUAACAAUGUUCCUCACUGACACAAACAAUAUUAAAGAAGUAUUGCUUUUUCCUCAUAUGAAGCCAGACAUUAAUCCAAAUAAAAAUAAGGAGGUCGAAGAUGAUAAAAUACCAAGUGACAAUGGGGAAAAAUAAAGUACACGGAUUAUUAAAUGAGAAUUCAAAUAAUAAUUUAGAAAGUAAUUUGAAUAAAGAAAGCUAUUUGGAAAACUUUAA